AUGAGUCGAGUUUUACUGACCCUCCUGAGGCGGGUGAAGCCACUUAAGUUACAGAGUAUCAGAUUAAGUAGUAAAGUUGCGAAAGGAAUAGAUGGAGUCAAUGAAAAGCAAAGGGAUACAAUCACUCAUAGAGCUGGAGAAUCAGACCCAAUUGACUUAUCUAGAACAUUUGAUGCACUUGACUCGUCUUCAAUGAAGACUAUGGAAAAGAUAUUGGAUAUUUUGCAUGAUGCUGAAGAACAAUCAGAUUCUAAGAAAACAAAUAACUUGGUGCAUAGCAUUGAGACACUUGAAGAUACUAAAUACUUGAAUGAGUUUACCACGAGAUUCGGAGAGGAAAUAUUUGAGUACAAAGUGAUACGGUAUCUUAACGAUUCGGAGAUAAUAGGCAAUGAUCCUACCAUAUGGGGUACUAUACCAGAUGCAUAUAACGAUUACAUUAAGGAAUUCACUAAUGAAUAUUUACAGAUGAAUAAUUCAUUCUUUAAAAAUAACGAAAUAACAUUCAAUGGAAACUUGAAUCACUUUCAGUCAAUUGCAAAGUAUUUUAUGGAGAACGACUCUCGGUGCCUCCAAAGAAUUUCUAGAGAGAUUGAAAUACUAGCCAAAUACCAACGUACGCAAACAUUUACCAAGAAGAAAUACAACUUUCCAAAACUUUCAUUGCCGCCACCUUACCCGUAUGACUCAGAAAAUCCAUUGGUAAUAAUGAAGGCAUUAUCCACUAAGAAGGAAUUAAAUUUGCUUCCCUUCAUUGUGAAUGACCGCGACGUUAUUGAGAAGUUAAUCAUUAAAAAGCAAGUUCGAAAUAAGAACGAAGUGACACCUGUUGAGAUGAUUCUGAGCUUAAUGGAGGCACAGGAACUAGAGGGUUCCAAGCUAUUUACAAUAAUGGUUAAAAAAUGCUUAUAUUCGACCAAUCAACUUAAUAAUCAGAAACUAAUUGAUACAUUACUAAAUAAUGAAUCUAUAAAAUCAAUAAUAGCAUCAGAAAGCAAAAUACCGUCGAGACUAUUCAGUUAUAAUAAUUAUAAGUUAGCUUUGUCAGGAAGUAGCGUUGUUAAUAUUGAUGACGAUUUGAAGAUCCUUGAGCUUCUAAAAUCCCAAUUCAACAGAUUCUUCGGUCUAUUCUACAGAAUAAGCGCUUUUGAAGCCGAAAAAUGGAUGUCUAAAUUGGUUGAAUUCUAUUUGCAAGGUUCUUCAAUCGACACCACAAAAUUGUCCAAUGAAUCCAUAGAAUAUUUCAAGCAAUUUAUGUCUAGCGUUGAAAUGGAUACAAGUAAAUCCAAAUGGACAAAGAAAUGGCAAAUAAAGCAAUAA